CCUUCCAUCCAUCGUCCGUUAGGUCUGAAGAGGAAGCAAAGGAUGGCGCCCAAGGCGAAGCCCAAGCCAGCGGCCACGCCGCCUCCAUCAUCCGCCCCUCCCGCUGCGCUAGAAGACCUCUUCUCCACGCUCAAUCGUCACAUCAACAACUCCGAAUUCCGACAAGCAAUCAAAGUCGCCGAUCAGAUUUUGACUGCCGCCCCGCGGGAUGAGGAUGCGUUGAGGUGCAAGGUCGUGGCUCUCAUCAAAUUGGAUAAUGUGGAUGUUGCUCUGUCGACGAUCCGGGAGUGCGAGAAACUCGGCAUCGAUCUUCAAUUCCACAAGGCAUAUUGCUUGUACAGACAAAAUAAACUUCAAGAAGCACUGGAUUGUUUAAGACUGCAGGAGAAAAAUCCUAGUGUUCUGCAGCUAGAGGCACAGAUAUUUUAUCGUUUAGGAAAAAUGGAUGCCUGUACACAGAGCUAUGAUAAGCUUCGGAAGUUUAAGGUUGAUUCCUCAGAUGUAUAUGUAAAUAUAAUUGCUGCCUUAAUAGCAGCAGGAAGGGCUUCAGAAGUCCAAAGUAUGAUGGACACACUUAAAGUCACAGCUAAUAGCAGAUUUGAGAUGGCAUAUAACGCUGCCUGUUCUAUGAUUGAGAAGAAGAAAUAUUCUGAUGCAGAAAAGCUACUCCUUUCAGCACGGAGGAUUGGUCAGGAAAUGCUCAUGGAGGAUGACUGCACAGAGGAGGAGAUUGAGAAUGAACUUGCUCCUAUUGCUGUUCAGCUAGCAUAUGUUCAACAGAUGUUAGGGCGCUCUGAAGAGGCAGCUGCAACAUAUGCUAAUCUCAUGAAGCGUAAUGUUGCUGAUGCUUCCUCACUUGCAGUGGCAACAAACAACCUUAUUUCACUAAAGGGAACAAGGGAUGUGUCGGAUGGGCUGAAGAAACUUGAUCGCUUGAUAGAGAAAAUUGACGGGCGAUUUCAAAUAGCUCAGGGGCUUGAUCUUAAGCUUUUUUCAAGGCAAAAAGAAGCCAUUUACACUAAUCGCAUGCUUCUGCUACUACAUGCGAACAAGAUGGAUCAGGCACGAGAGCUUGCAGCUGCUCUUCCUUCCAUGUUCCCAGAUAGUGUGAUGCCUGCUCUGCUUGAAGCUUCUGUUUUAGUUCGAGAAAAUAAGGCAGGUCAGGCAGAGGAGCUCCUCAAGCAAUUUGCAGAGAGACACACAGACAAAGCAAAAACUGCCCUCCUGGCACGUGCUCAGGUUGCUGUUGCAGCUGGCCACCAUGCUAUUGCUGCUGAAUCUCUUGCCCAAAUUACUGAUAUCCAACACUUACCUGCUACAGUCGCCACCUUAGUCUGUCUGCGAGAGCGAGCUGGAGAUGUUGAGAGUGCAGCUGCUACCCUUGACUCAGCUCUCCAGUGGUGGUCAAAUUCCAUGGAUGGGGAAUCCCGGAGGGAUGUCAUAAUGCAAGAAGCAGCAGCUUUCAAACUCAAGCAUGGCAAAGCAGAAGAAGCUGCUCGAUUAUUUGAGGAUCUGGUUAAGAACAGUCAGAGUAUCACUGCCUUGGUGGGCCUCGUGACAACCAUGGCACGAGUUGAUGUGAACAAGGCAGAGAUGUAUGAGAAGCGGUUGCCACCACUCCCGGGUCUGAAAGAUAUCAAUGUUAAGAGCUUAGAGCAGACACCCGGUGCAGGUCAGACUAAGCAUGUUGAUAUGUACAUGGAAGGUGUAGAGGAGGAAGCUAAAGGAAAGUCAAAGACAAAGAAGAAACGUAAAAGGAAGCCGAAAUACCCCAAGGGGUUUGAUCCAGCAAAUCCUGGUCCUCCUCCUGAUCCAGAAAGAUGGCUGCCAAAACGAGAGAGGUCAAGUUACAGGCCGAGGAGGAAGGAUAAACGAGCUGCCCAAAUUCGAGGGUCUCAGGGUGCUGUUGCAAGAGAAAAACUUGCUGAUGCUUCCACGAGCACAUCCACAUCCUCCAAAUCUGCUCAAGCUUCUGGUACUUCAAAAGUGGCAGCAAACACGGAGCAGAGUAAGAGUAAGCCUUCAAAGUCAAGGAAGAAGUCCAGGAACUAGAGAGAGAGAGAGAGAUUCAUUUUCUUUUUUAUUGUAUCUUUUCUUCUUUCCUGUUACGUCAGUCACCUUUUAAAUUCUAACCUUCCUAUGGAAGGGGGUUAAGUUUUAGGUGGGAUGCUGGUUUGCCUUGGUUGUAUUUCAUUCAGAUUUAGGAGUGCCUCCAUUAUGGGGCACAAGUUUUGAAUAUUCACAUGCUAAGAACCUGUUCUAUGUUUUUCACCGGAAAAGGGACGAGUUUAACUUUUGAGGUUGGGGAGAAAUCGAUUUCUGUGUCUUUCACCA